CCAAAAUGUCAAAUUGAGAUCGAGUUUGACGCUGACGACUGAUGACCGACGACUUCAAAAGUUACGAAAAGUGAUAAUCGAAAACAUAAACAACAUAAAUAAACGCAUUUUAAACGUAUUAAUUAUCUAUUAACAGUUUGUAGAUUUAAUUUAUCCCUUAGCGAUUGCAAUGUAGACUUACACAUUGUGUAAACAUAAACAGGAUUGAACUUUUGAAAUGUCAAUGUGAAAGCUUGAAAACAAAACAAACUUUUAAAGUUACAUUUAUUUUCUUCAUAAAAUGAAGUAAAACGUGUUAGUACAAAAGAUAAACUUGCAGAUAUAUUUAUGUUAAGUCUUGUUUUGUAUAUCUAAGAAAUGGAAGGCCCUGGUAUGAGUUUGUUCCAAGGCGCGGCAAGUAUUCACAUAAACAACAGUGCACAAGACAGAUUGGAAGAACAAGAGGAACUGGAAGACCAAAAACGUCGCAAUGAGGAGUUGAAACACAAACUGGCCAAUGCUUUUGACGAUUUAUAUGAUGAUGAUGAAGCGAGUUCAGUAAACAGCAGUGGCAAUUUCACAUUAGAUGCUACACAUACUAAUGGAGCCCAAGGUCAACCAAGGUCAGGCCUGCCUCCCACAUAUAUUGAGUCUCUUAAUCAUCUCAAAGAAGCUAAUGAUUCUCCAAAGGGAUUCUGUGACACACCAAAAAAUCAUUUAACUCAUGCACAUCACGAAGAGGGAAUAAAGUCACCAUAUAGUCCCUAUGGUGGUGGAGAUGGGCAAAAUCAUUUUUUCCAUCAAGAUUAUAGAGGUCAUCACAAUGGGAUAAACAACUUUGAUGCAAGACAAGAGUACAUGAAUAAUGAACAACUCAAGGUUAUGUAUGAGAUGAGGCUGAAAGAAUGUCAACAGUUAGCAACACAAGUAGAGAAGUCAGACACAGAGAUUGAGAGCCUGCGUGCCCGGCUCGCAGCUGCUGUCAAUGAUAAGGAUAAAGCUGAACUAUCUCUUCAGGAAGCUCAUCAUUUGCUUGCAUCAAGUAAGCACAAGUCGAUAGAACUGGAACAACAGAUGACAACACUGACUCAGAAGUUGGUGGAGAAUGAACAAGAGAAGGAACAGUUGAGGUUAGAGCUGAGGUCCGCUAAUAUCAGCUUGCAAGAUGUUCAGCAAAGACUACAUACUUUACAGGUGGCUCACACACAUGAUACAGAUGCCCUAUUUAGGGAGCAGCAAGAUAGACAUCGAGAAGAAGUAGACAGACUUCAAAAUGAUUUGAUGAAAGCUAAAUCAAGACUUGAUGAAAAAGAAAAUGAAAUAAAACUCCUCGAGAAACGUUGUAUGGAGAAGGAUAGAGAGAAAGAAGAGAUAUUGAUAGAGAAGGGAGGGACUAUAAACCGACUGGCUGGAGAGCUGGAGGCGGCUCAGAACAGACUGGUGAGUGGAGAGGGAGCCAGACUGAAGGAGAAAGUACUGCAGUUGACGACGGAGAGGAAUACAGCAAGAGAACAAGUGAAGGAACUUGGUUCAAAAUUGGAGCUAACAGCGCACGAACUUGUGCUGUGUCGCAAUAAAUUAGCCAACAGUCAGAAGGAAUAUGAGAACUGGAGAACAACUCUCAACCAGAUUCUAAUGGAGUCACUUCCUGAUAAUUCAAUGAAAAUUGGAGAACCUCCAUCGCCGGGGAAAUUGGCAACACUAAAAGAUGUUCUCAAUCGAUACAAGUUACAAGUACAAAAGUUAUCUACAUUGCAAGAAGAAGUUGUUAAAAGGGAUAAAAAACUAGAACAACAUCGUAAACAGGAAUCCGAGCUGCGUUCAAAGAUAGAAGAGUACAAAGGUGUCGAGAUGCAGCUUAAUUCGAAGCUGGCCGUGCUGCACAACAAGCUGGAGCUGGUGGCGGACUGCGGCGAGCGCCAGCUGCUGCACGACUACAAGCAGCACAACCAACAGCUUACUGACGACCUGGAACAAGCUAGAGCUCAACUGAAAGCUUUGGAUUUAAAAUACACGGAAAUAGAAAUGGAGUACGAGAAAUUGAAGACCGAGAAGGGAAGCCGCGCCUCCAUCGCGCAGGAAGCCAACGCGGAGCUGCGCCGCGAGCUGGAGCGCUGCAGCGCGCAGCUCAAACAAACACUUAGCGACAACGCACAGCUCAAGAAUCUAUAUUUACAAGUGUGUAGCACACGAGAUGCGGUCUCUAGAGAAUUGAAGGACAAUCAAAUGAAAAUACAAAAAGAGAGGGAGAUGUACAAAACACAAGAGAGGGAAUACAUAGAGAGGAUAGAGAGGCAGAAGAUGGAGUUGGAGAAGGCGGCAAAUGAUCUGACGAACGCGAGAGAAGAAUUAGACAGAGCUAAUAAGAGAAUAUCGGAACUACAAAAAGAGUUUACUGAUAAACAGAAAGAGUUUACUGAAAAAUUAAAUAAAUAUCUAGAAGAUGAAAAGAGUGCAAUGAGGAAAGAAAUCCCGUGCCUUCAAUGCGAGAAACUUCUGAAGCAAAUCAAAUAUUUGGAGGAACAACUCAACAAAUGCACACUCAAAUUGUCAACGCAGGAAAGCAGCGAGACGCUGAUGAAGGAGCUGAAGGGCAAGGCGGAGUUCUUCCAGCAGUACAUAGUAGAGCGCUACCAGCGCCUCGUGGACCAGCGCUGCGUCGCCACCAACACUGACCACAAUGAACAUACUGACCAUACUGACCACACCAACCACACAGACCACACCACACAUCAGUCACAUGAUGAUGAUAUCGCAGCCAAGACAUCAGUUAUGAUGAGGGAAAAAGCCAUAAGAGAACAACUUGCGGAGAAAUUUACAUUAGAAAUGAAGACAAUGGAAAUGAACUGCACAAGACGCAUUCAAGAAUUAGAAGCAGAACAGACAACAACAAUCAAUAAACUAAAAGAAAUGUUAGAAAGAAAAGCGCACGAAGUUGAAACAUUAAAAGAAUUCAUUCUAUCAGAACGUGCGAAAGUGACAGAGAUAUUGGAAGCGAAAGAGAAGGAGAUAUCAGUACUGAUAAAAGAACACAAUGAAUUAAUAAACGAAUGUCAGAAAGCAAAAGAUAGUAGUAUCGAAUGGAGAUUGAAGGCGGAAAGAUAUAAAGAAAGAUUAACGAAACUGGGGUCCUUAGAAGACAUGUUAAAGAAGGAGAGAGAAGAUUGGAAGAAGAAGACGAACGUAUGUGCGUCAGAGUGGCAGGCGCUUAAAGUGAAAGUGACGGAAUUGCAGGAGCAAUUAGCACAACAAGAACAGACUUAUGCUAAAUUACAAACUGAAUAUCAAAGUAUACAAGACAAGUAUAAGAAUGCUAAGAAAACUGUGUACACUUACAAGGAUUAUAUGUCUAAAAAAGACGCUCACAUUAACAGUGAGAUAAACAGAAUACAAGAUGAAUAUAGGAAGAUAUUUGUGAAGCUGCAGAAUCAAAUCAACUAUCACAUCAACUGCAGAAUACAAGAGGAUAGGAACAGAGGGAAACGCACACCGGCACAACAAUAUCCAGAAUAUGAUUGUACAGAAAUGAUAAAUAAAUUGAACGAAGACUUUUCUCGUCUCGCUCAAGAUAACUUCAAAGAGGGUCAAAGUAAGUGACACAGACAGACUGUUACCUCUUUAUUUCAUGGAUGUCAUCCAUUUUGUGUAAAAAAAGAAAUGUUUUUUUUUAAAUCCUCUCUAAUUAAAUGGGACCAAGAAUUAGGAAGAAUUGUACUUAAAAUUAUUGUAAGACUGUCUGCCCCAUUCUAACAGGAUCUAUUUAAGUAUUAUACACUAAGUGUACCCUUAAUGGUAAAUUAAUGACUGUGAGUGGGAUUGUAUGAUAAUGUCGUUAAAAAUUGUGUUCCAUAAUAAUGACAAUAUAACUUGACUUUUUACAUUGUUUUGUAUAGCCUGGUGCUAACGUUUAGGGUUUUGAAAAGGUUAGGGUCUAUUUCCAUUAAACGUAUAAUUUCAUUUUAAUUUUUAAUACAAAUUAAAUAAUAAUAUUUGCAUUAAGUCCUAAGUCCGUAGCUAAGUUAACUACGCGAAAGGCCCAAAAAAAAUUUCUUAUGUUCAUCUGUUUUUUUAUAAAUAACGAGUGCGUAAAAUAUUGAGAUCGAAAAUGUUUCUUCAUUUGAUGUAUAUUAAUUAAUUUGAAAGAGAGGUGUGUCAGAACCGCGCUAAAUGGAGGUCCGUGGUCUGCCUACCCCUAGGGUUACGGGCGUGAGUUAUGUUGUUGAUAUAAAUAAACUCAAGUUAUAGGUUUUUAUUUAAUAUUUCAUUACAGAAUGUCUUUGUUAGGUGUUUAAGUA